AUGCGCUGUAACACGAAACUGCCAGCGAGGCUGGCGGGGAGGGCGGCGCGGAGCAGCGGAGCGAACCCCGGCAGCGCAGCGCUGCUGCGAACACCCGGCCGGAUUUCUCCGGCGAAGGGGGAGCCUUUCCACGUCCCCGAUUUUGUACGGGGCCAGCCUGCUCUCGGUCGGUCCGCGGCGCUGCUCAUGUUUUCCACUGGGGGGGAGGACGAGAGAGGGGAGACCAAGGCGGAGGCGGAGGAGGAGGAGGAGGGAGGGGGGGAAAGUUGCUUGAAUUUGCGAGGGGCGAGAGCCGGCGGUGGCCGCUCUUCCGAUCUCACUGGGGGGGAGGACGAGAGAGGGGAGACCAAGGCGGAGGCGGAGGAGGAGGAGGAGGGAGGGGGGGAAACCCCGCUCACCGUCAGCUUCGUGGCCUACGCCUCCGGGCAGCCGAGAGCAGAUUUGACCUCUGAUAAAGAUUUAUACCUUGACAACAGCUCUGUUGAAGAAGCAUCAGGCGUCUAUCCAAUUGAUGAUGAUGAUUAUUCUUCUGGGUCAGGUUCAGGUGCUGAGGAAGAUGAGGAUAGUGCAGUGAUGACAACAUCCAGAACAGUUCCAAAGCUACCGACAACUAGUGAUGCAUCCAGGGCUGAGACCACCACAGUGAAAAUGCAGACCAAGGUGCCUGCACAAACAAAGUCACCUGAAGAAAUUGAUAAAGAGGAAAGGCCUGAGAUGGAUGCCAAGAAAAAGAGUGAUGAGCCAGGGGAUGACACCGACGUGUUCACUCAGAAGCAUUCAGAAAACCUCUUCCAGAGAACAGAAGUUCUGGCAGCUGUUAUUGCUGGCGGAGUUAUUGGUUUUCUUUUUGCCAUCUUCCUUAUCCUGCUGCUGGUGUAUCGCAUGAGAAAGAAGGAUGAAGGCAGUUACGACCUUGGUGAACGUAAACCAUCCUGUGCUGCCUAUCAAAAGGCACCAACUAAGGAGUUUUAUGCAUAAAAUUCCUAUUUAGUGUCUCUAUUUAUGAGAUCACUGAACUUUUUUAAAUAAAGCUUUUGCAUA